AUGACGAGUGUCUCGGAAACGCUUGAAGAUGCGUCUCAUUACGGAUUUAAUAUAAAAGAAAUUUCAAAGUUUGAUUGGCCAUCCAUAAAACAUAAACGUGACGAGUACAUAAAACGACUUAACAAAAUUUACGAAAAUAAUAUGAAAAAGGCAAAUGUUGAAUUGAUCGAGGGUCACGCAAGUUUUGUUAGUAAAAAUGUCGUAAAAGUUAAGCAAGAAAACGGCGAAUGCGAAACUAUUCAUGCUGAUCACAUUUUAAUUGCUACAGCCACAAAUUUCAUGUUUCAAAUUGGCCUUCCAAACAUAGUAAACAUAGUAAAUUAA